AUGAUCGUGUUGGUGGAUGGCCAGACCCGAGCAACCUGGCCAAUCCGCUCUAAGUCAGGCGCUAACAUCCUGCCGGAGAGCAUCGACCAGUGCAAGGGCUACAGCGCAUUCGCGUACCUGGUUCUUGUCCCUCCCUGUUACGUGCUGUCAGAGGCUGCUAUGCUUGUGGCUUCGGAUGAGAGCCAUCUGAAGGAUUACCUGAACAGCAACGCAGACAAGAUGUCGCGCUCCCUCGCCGUGUCCAAGGUCGUCGUGAAUGCUAGGGAGAUCGAGUUCGACAGUUUGGUUAAGGACGGCGCCAUAUCCAUCUACGCCACACGCCAAGCACGCCCGCGUACACUCUGGAGACGCCCAGUCCAGCAACUCUUCAGGAUGCCCAAGGAUAUGGUGCUGAUCUCGCUCGGCAAUCAGGACAUCAAGCACGAGUUUGCGGAGGGAGCUCGGAUCCUGCAGGAGCUGGUUUCGAUGUGA